UCGCGCCCGGCGGUGUCAACUCGCGCGCUGAUUGGCUGGCGUGAGUCACGUGACCCUCCCAUCAUGGCGGCGUCCAUUAGAAGGUUUCGUCUGCUGGUUCCCCGACAGGCUGCUGUCCUCAGCUCCUCACGCCCCCUGCAUCGACCUGCCCCGCCCCAGCAGGGAGGCCCGGCCGCUGCCGCCCCAGUGGAGGACCUCGAUGUGUUCCCCAAGGACAGGAAGCUGGAAUUUGACUCGGAAUCCCUGGCGGCGAGAGGGUACCUGAGGAGCCAGAAGCCUUACACACCACCAAAGGAUGCAGACAAGCAGGUACUGAGCAUCUGCAAGCAGGUGUUGGGGAGCCAGGCGCCCCACACCACCUUCCCCUCCGCCCAGGACAAGUGGAAGGUGCUGCUGAAGUGUUCCCAGUCCCUCGGCCACAUGUUGCCCAACUCCCUCAUGCACCGAGUCACUAAUGUGGAGGAGCUGGUGACCUUCUACACCACACCAGUCAACACCACAGUGCCCCUGGACAUGAUGAAGGAAAUGGACCUUCCUAAAAAUCUCCAUGUCACCUACAACUACACCAGAUUCCACCCUGAGACGGACACCAAGUUUGGAGGUGUGUCGGUCUUCACCAAAGACUCCACUAUUGUCAUGGGUCUCAAGAACAAGAAGCGCUACCCGGGCUACGUGACAAAGACUCAGUGGCCAUACAAGUAAGAAGCAUCAACUGGGGGAUGUGGCUCUUCUGGCAAAAGACAGAACAGGAUAUUAAAAAAUCAGUGCUUGGAAAUACAUUCAAAAUGACUUGCAGUGUUUGGUUAUACCAGUGUACAAGUCACCGCAGUGCUGCUUCCCUGUGUAGGUAACGAGUAGUUUAACAUUUGUGUGGCAAAAGGACUUUUCAGACAUCAUCCCUUGAUUGCUGUAAAGUUUGGCACAGUGUUGGUUUAGGUUUUCACAUUGACAGCUUAUGAACCAGAUUGUUUAAAUGUAGCAUUGCUGGUGGCAUCUCUUCAUGUACAUAUUUUUUACAUUGUUAAUGUGUUACAAUGAAAUUAAAGUAACAAUAUUUUAUACCA